UUUUAUAAUAAUAAGUGUUAAUAUUAUAGAUUGAUUGCAUUUUUAACUCUUCACGGUCAUUUAUUAGAGUUAAAUGUUGUCCACAUUAAUUCCUCUUAUGAAGGUGUAAAUUCAUAUUAAAAAAGAGGGAAAAAAAAGAAAAAAAAAAAACCGAGUAGGAUUAGAGUGAAAUGAGUGCGAACUUAGGGGUUGUUAGGGAUAUUAACUCAAUCAUGUCGUCAAAAGCAAAAUCACAAGCCUGGCCUACUUGCGUAUGAAAGUGGGUCCCGGGCGCUGAAAAAUUUGACCCUUCACAUGAAAAAGGCAUGAGUUAGCCGUUGGGGAUACCCAGUCCACAGCCCCACACUUCACAGCACCUCUGCUUUCUAACCCUACAAAACAAGAAGAAGAAGAAGAAGUCUCCACCAUCCAAACACCAUUUGCUCUGCUCCCGAUUCCAGAAAUGGCGGAUUUCUCAUUCCUCUCCGACACAGACGAAUCGGCAGUGGACGAGCUCAUUUCCCAAGCGCAAGACCUAUGCAUUCUCGAACAAGUCUCCACCAUCAACUGCUCUUCCUUCGUCGAUUCUCUGCUCCCCAGUGACCUAGAAUCCCGCUUUCGCAAGCUCAAAACAUUCCCACAAACCAACUCCAAGCUCAGAGGAAAGACCCCGUUGGAUAGCUCUGUAAAAGGUAAAGAAGGAGACUCUGAUGGCGCUUCCGAUGAAGAUUCUGAGAUUUUCUCGCCUACCAAACAGAACCCAGAUAAGAAAAGUGAUUUCAAGAAGAAAUCGCAAUCUGGGAUUUCCUCAUUACCACCGGACUCGAAGGAUUUCUCGGUUCAAAAGGAGGUUUUGAAAGAAAAUUCGGAUGGAAAAAGGGGUUCAAAAUCGGAAGCAAUACAUGAGUCAGUUUCUUCUUCUACGGAUUCUUCCAUCUCGUCGCUGGAAAAUGCAAUUCUUUCGGAUUCUAAACGGAAUCCAGACAAGAAGAAGUGUUCUAAUCGGAAAUCGAAAACAGGGUCAUUUUCUUCUCCACUGGGGUCUUCUAAUUCCUUGAUGCGUUCUUCGCCAUCUCCGCCGAAGAAAGCAGGCUGCUUCUGGUGUUCUCCGAAGAAGAAUUCUAGCAGAAAGAGUAAGGAAAAUCGUGGUUCAGUCCUCGACUUUGAUUGCAGCAUUGGCGAUGAGACUUUCUCGGAUUUGGGUACUUUCUCGAGAAAAGAGCAGGAAAAGAUUCUUAGAAAAGCACUGAAGGAAGAAGAGAAGAUCAGCCGUGAGGCCGAGAAAAUUGUCAAGUGGGCUAAACAAGCUUCUGCCAGAAUGAAUGUUUCUGACAUUGAAGAUGAGCUAAGUGAAUGAUUAAACUACAAAGCUGAGAACUUUUUUUUUUUUUUUUUGGGGGGUAUUGUGAAUGAUUAUCUUUUAAAUUUACUUUUGAAAAAAACAUAGUAUAAGCUUCCAAGUUACUAUAAUAUACUUCCCCAUAUUUCAUUAUGUUUUUUCUGUUUUCAGAUAUAUAUAUAUAGAAUAGAAAUACUAUUGAAAAAUGAA